GAGACGAGGGCUGCUCCCUUUCGCCUCCGCUUGGUCCGCGCAGCAGCACAGUGACAGCAGACAUUCCGCCCCCAGGGCUGCCACGGACGUUGACGUGUUUUCGAACGAAGAGAAGCGUAACCUGAACUUGGGCGGACAUGUCGGGUUCGACAGCCUCCCUGACCAGCUGGUCAGCAAAUCGGUCACGCAGGGGUUUUGUUUCAACAUCCUCUGUGUGGGGGAGACUGGCAUCGGCAAGUCGACGUUAAUGAACACGCUCUUCAACACCAUGUUUGAGAACGAAGAGGCCAGCCACUAUCAGAACGGCGUGUAUCUGCGGCCGCGAACAUACGACCUGAAGGAAAGCAACGUCCAGCUCAAGCUGACCAUCGUCGACACCGUCGGAUUCGGCGAUCAGAUCAACAAAGAGGACAGUUACAAGCCCAUUGUCAACUACAUCGACACCGAGUUCGAGAACUACCUCCAAGAAGAGCUGAAGAUCAAGCGCUCGCUCUUCAACUACCACGACACCAGGAUCCACAUCUGCCUUUACUUCAUCGCCCCGACGGGACACUCCCUCAAGUCUCUGGACCUCGUCACUAUGAAAAAACUAGACAGCAAGGUCAAUAUUAUUCCCAUCAUCGCCAAAGCGGACACGAUCUCGAAGAGCGAGCUGCAUAAAUUCAAAAUAAAGAUUAUGAGUGAGCUGGUGAGCAACGGAGUCCAGAUAUAUCAGUUCCCAACGGACGACGAAACCGUCAGUGAGAUCAACGCCUCCAUGAACGCUCAUCUGCCCUUUGCUGUGGUCGGGAGCGUGGAAGAGGUCAAAGUGGGCAACAAAACCGUGCGGGCCAGACAGUACCCCUGGGGUAUUGUGCAAGUCGAGAACGAGAGCCACUGCGACUUCGUGAAGCUCCGCGAGAUGCUGAUCCGGGUCAACAUGGAGGAUCUGAGGGAGCAGACCCACGCUCGCCACUACGAGCUGUACCGACGCUGCAAGCUGGAGGAGAUGGGCUUCAAAGACACGGACCCCGACAGCCAGCCAUUCAGCCUCCAAGAGACGUACGAGGCCAAGAGGAAAGAGUUCUUGGGGGACCUGCAGCGCAAAGAGGAAGAAAUGCGACAAAUGUUUGUCAACAAGGUCAAAGAGACGGAAGCAGAGCUAAAAGAAAAGGAGAGAGAGCUGCACGACAAGUUUGAGCAGCUGAAACGGAUGCACCAGGAGGAGAAGAGGAAGGUGGAGGAGAAGCGGAGGGACCUGGAGGAGGAGAUGAACGCCUUCAACAGGAAGAAGGUGGCGGUGGAGACGCUCUCCUUGGCUCAGCCCAUGAAGAAGGAGAAGGACAGGAAAAACAGGUCGGUGAAGACGGAGAACCAGUCGGGCGUCAGCGCCUCCAGCUCCAAAGUGAUGAUGGCCAAGGCCAACGUGGAACCCUUGAACUGCCAGAGCUGGUGGCAGGCCAUACAGUGCUGCACCUGCCUGGUCCACAACGCCGCCUGGAAGCCCGCCGGCCUCUUCUGACGACCCGGCAUCGGCGGCGCCGCGGGGUCCUUUUCAGAGUCCCAGCCGACGCCGGAGCCGGGCCCGAUGGACGGGACGAGGUGAGGGUGGCCGCAGACGAGCAGGGCGUGGAACUGGGCCGGAGAGAGGACACGGGGACCGAAACGUUAGCGUGAUGAUGUCAUUGUCCACCCAACCUGUGCUACCUGGUCAGUCAACGUCCAACCUUAUAUGCCAGACGUAAAAAAGAAAAGAAAAGGUCAACGCAUUUUUCCUUUGAGUCCAACAGGAGGACACCGCGAGCGGAAUCUCGCCGUCAGGUUUUUAGACCGAGGUAGAGCCGCCCGUCUGCCGGAGGAACCAUAGUAACUUGUUCGUAUCGUACGUGCUUUUCUGUGUUCCCAUUUGUAGGCCGGAACGGUAGCUCAUGACCUGAGAGGAGGCUCCUCUUCGAGCUUCAGUCCCUUUCUUCAUACUCAAAAACGGGAUGAACAUCAACGCGUCCCCCCCCCCCCCCAACGUGUCUUUGCGUUUCCUGCAUUCGUGUCGUCGUGUAGCAAAACGCCGCCGGUUUUUAAAGAGAGGGGAGCUCGGCGGAGGCAGAUUCUUCUGUGUGGCGCAAGACGGAAAUCUGUGCAAAAGUUGCUUUUAACAUUUUAAAACUAAAAAAAGAAACAAAGUCCCUCAACGUGUUCUCCCACUUCACGUUACGAGAAAUCUGGGAAUUUUUGUAACGUAGCAAAAAGAAAUUGGAAUUGCCGGCUUGUGUCACACAGCAGUCCGUCUGCCUUUACUGAAGCACAGGGAGAGAAAGCGUCGCUGUAAAUCCUCCUAUUAAUCCAUAUCAAAGUGUCAUGGUGGCGAGUCUGUGACUAAUAGAGCUUGUCGAUUGCUGUUUUACAGAGGAUUUAGCAAAGUAAUUCCUGCGGGGCAGGAGAUGGAAUUGUGAGAUACGGAAUUGUUCAAAAAAAUAUUUAUUUGAAAAAAAUGUAUUUAUUCAAAUAGUAUAAAGAGAAAAUGUCUUUAUUUUAUUAUAGUUUUUAUCAAUACAUUAUGUCUCUUAAUUUCAAAAGAUUUUUGUAAAACCUAAAGUGGAGUUGCGGGGACAAUAAUCAUUUCGGACAAUAACUACGACAUUGAUACCAGUCAGAUUGUGACUGUCAGAAAUGACAUGUUUUAUAGUUUGUUUGUGGCUUUUCUCCAAAUGUUAAUAAUCGCAAAACAUAAUAACACAGGUGAGGGAUGGGUACGGGUGGGGAGGGUAAUUAGGAAGUUGUGUCAAUGGAAAUCCCCUGAAUGCUGUGAAUCAAUACAUUGUGGGUGAAACUGUCGGGCUGCAGUCAUGGAGCAUUCGUUUCCUUUGACACAUGUUAAGGGUUCGCGUUUUACAUCCACCGUAGAAGUUGGGCGACACUUGGUGACCUUUAGGAUCAUUACGUCUGAGAUGACGGCAUGAUGCUCUGUGUGCGUUUCCAGCUCAGUCGGUGGUUACUGCCUCAAUCAAUGAUUUGUGAGAGUUUAAUAAUUAAACUACCGAGAACAGAGACGAGCUGUUAAACAAUAAUGUGCCAUAAACUCAGUGACGCAGCACGGGACAAUCCACACGGCACGUUAUGGAUUCAACCCAAACGGUCGCUCUCAAGUCUCGUGAGGUUUGAUAAAACGGUUCGGCAGCAGGAAGUCGGUGCCGUCGCCUCUUACUCUUAUUCGGCUAGCAGCCAUGAGACACACCUCCGUUCACAUCUUGUGCUAAAAACGGGUCUUUGUUGCUUUGUUUCACACACUUUAUUUUUUUUUGUAGGUCAAGCACCAUUCCAUUAUAUUUCAUAUUAUUAUUAUGUUAAUAUAAAAUAAGAAAGAAGAACGUCUGCCAACUCACUAUGUGAAUGAAGUCGACCGGCGUCGCGAUGUACAAGUCCCAGUUCAGCUUGUCAAGAAUGAUCCUCUCCAUGCGAAGAAUCUCCGCUGUUGAAAAGUUGCAUCCGCUCUGCACAACCAGAUCCUGAACAGAACCGAUCACCUGUUUAAAAACAGGCACCGACAAAGGGAACCAAUAAACGUCUUGUUUGGAAA